UGCAGUCGAGGAGAACGUUAUCGCGGAGGGUUACCACGCAAUGUUCUCCAAUUAAUUCCAGUUUAAUUUUGUAUUUUGUGCCGGAUGUCUUCAUGUUAGCGGUUGAUAAAAAUACUCGGGAGUGCUGUAUAGAUCAUGGGAAGCAGGCUGAAUUGUCCCAGGCAAAUACUAAGCGCAGAGCAGGACGACAACGGGCAUAGCGGAGGCUCGAGAAACGAGGCAAGCGACAUGAACUUAAUGGAUGGAGAAGACAGCUUGGCUCUGAAGAAAGAGGAACACAUCUCGGAGUCUGUGAUGGAGGGACUCGACAGGGAUUUCGAGAAUGAGGGAAAAGACCCGACAGAUGAGGGAGAGAAUAGAGAGUUGAAGAAUGGAGGAGAUGGCAAUGACCCGAAGAGUGAAGGAGGCAGUAAAGACACGAAGAAUGGGGGAGAGAAUAGAGACUUGAAGAAUGAAAGAGACAGUGAAGACCCAAAGAAUGAGGGAAACAGUAGAAACCCAAAGAGUGUAGAAGACAGUAAAGAUAAAAAAGAUGAGGGAGACAGUAAAGACCCAAAGAAUGAGGCACGCCCUGCAGAUCUGAACAAUGGUGGAGGCAGUAAAAAUCGGAAGAAUGGGGGAGACAGCAAAGAUCUGAAGAAUGAGGGAACUACUGAAGACCUAAAUAAUGAGGGAUGCAGCACACCCUUGAAGAACGAGGGAGACAGCACAAACCCGAAGAAUGGAGGAGACAUCAAACACUUCAAGAAUGAGGGACACACCAAAGACAUUAAGAGUGAGGAUGGACUGAAAAAUGAGGAACAACUUAGGAUCUUUGACGUGAAGGAGGAACACCAGGCGGACUUGAAGAAUGAGGAACAUAACACAGAUAUGGAGGAUAUAAAUCACGCCGAUCUGAAGAGUGAGGGAUGCAGUGUAGAUUCAGAUAAUGAGGAACACCAGGAUGAUGAGUACGGCACAGAUUCGAUGAACAAGCACAAAACUGGGCUGGAAAAUGAGAAUGAAGUGUACAACGCAGACGUGAUGAGUAAGGAGAAUGAAGAGCAGACCGCCGGUCCGAAACAUGAGCGUAGCACAGGCCCAAAGAACGAGGGACAUGACGCAGAGCCGGGGAAGGAAGUGCGCGUGAUGAAUUUGGAGCAAAACGCAUACCCAGAUCAUGAGGAUUCCCGCCUAGAGCCGAGAAAUGAGGAGCACAACACAGCCCUGGGAGAUGAGGAGGACAUCAGCGAUCCGGGGAAUGAUGAAGAAUGUAUAAUCCUAAAGAAUGAGAAGCACAGCGCAUUCCCGAUGAAUGAGGAACACAAAGCGGACCCAAAAUGUGAAAAUCACGUCACAGAGCCGAAGAAUGAGGAGGCCAAGGCGGACCCGAAGAAUGAGGACAGCGAUCGUAAGAAUGCGAGGAUACAUAGCAAAGAUUCGAAUGAGGAAUACGACACAGACUCAAAGAAUAAGGAACAUGGUGGAGAUUCGAUGAAUGGGGAUUACAACAUAGGUGUGAUGAAAGAGGGACAGACAGACGCAAGAAGUGAGGAGCAAAUAUCAGAUAUGAUGGACGAGGAGCGCGAAACACACCCGCCGGAUGAGGACAGCAAAACAGGCCCAAAAAAGGAGUGUGAAACAGACCGUAAAAAUGAGGGCCACAAAACAGACCUUAAAAAUGAGGGCUACAAUACAGACCUUAAAAAUGAGGAGCACCAAAAAGACCCGAAGAAUGAGGAGCGUGAACCAAAUCCGAAGAAUAAUGAGCAUAAACCAGACCCGACGGAUGAGAAGCACAAAACUGAGCUCAUGAAUGAGGAAAACGAAGCAGACCUGAAAAAGGAGGAAUGUGAAACAAUCUUGAAGAAUGAGGAAUUUGAAACAAUCUUGAAGAAUGAGGAAUUUGAAACAGACCAGGAAAAUGAGAAAUGUGAAACGGACUUGAAUAAUGAAGAAUUUGAAACAGACCUGAAAAAGGAGGAACGUGAAACAGACCAGAAGCAUAAGGAACGUGAACCAGACCGACAGAAUGAGCAGAAAACAAACUUGGAAAAUGAGGAGCAUGAACCAGACCCGAAGAAUAAAGAACAUAAAGCAGAUUAUAAUUAUGAGGAGCGCGAAAGAGACCUGGAGAACAAGGAAGGUGAAACCGGCGUGAAGAAUGAGCAGAAAACAGACCCGAAGAAUGAGGAGCAGAAAACAGAUCUGAAUAAUGAGUGUGAAACAGACCUAGAGAAUGAGGAGCUCGAAAUACACCCGAAACAUGAGGAAUGUGAAGCAGACCCGGAGAUUGAGGAAUUGAAAGCAGACCCAGAGAUUGAGGAAUUGAGAGCAGACCCAGAGAUUGAGGAAUUGAAAGCAGACCCAAAGAUUGAAGAGUUUAAAGCAGACCCGGAGAUUGAGGAAUUGAAAGCAGACCCGGAGAUUGAGGUAUUGAGAGCAGACCCGGAGAUUGAGGAAUUGAAAGCAGACCCGGAGAUUGAGGAAUUGAGAGCAGACCCGGAGAUUGAGGAAUUGAAAGCAGACCCGGAGAUUGAGGAAUUUAAAGCAGACCCGGAGAUUGAGGAAUUGAAAGCAGACCCAGAGAUUGAGGAAUUGAAAGCAGACUCGGAGAUUGAGGAAUUGAAAGCAGACCCAGAGAUUGGGGAAUUGAAAGCAGACCCAGAGAUUGAGGAAUUGAAAGCAGACCCAGGGAUUGAGGAAUUGAAAGCAGACCCAGAAAUUGAGGAAUUGAAAGCAGACCCAGAGAUUGAGGAAUUGAAAGCAGACCCGGUGAUUGAGGAAUUGAAAGCAGACCCGGAGAUUGAGGAAUUGAGAGCAGACCCGGAGAUUGAGGAAUUGAAAGCAGACCCGGAGAUUGAGGAAUUGAAAGCAGACCCGGUGAUUGAGGAAUUGAAAGCAGAUCCGGAGAUUGAGGAAUUGAAAGCAGACCCGGUGAUUGAGGAAUUGACAGCAGACCCGGUGAUUGAGGAAUUGAAAGCAGACCCAGAGACUGAAGAGUUUAAAGCAGACCCAGAUAUUGAGGAAUUGAAAGCAGACCCAGAGACUGAAGAGUUUAAAGCAGACCCGGAGAUUGAGGAAUUGAAAGCAGACCCGGAGAUUGAGGAAUUGAAAGCAGACCCAGAGACUGAAGAGUUUAAAGCAGACCCAGAGAUUGAGGAAUUGAAAGCAGACCCAGAGACUGAAGAGUUUAAAGCAGACCCGGAGAUUGAGGAAUUGAAAGCAGACCCGGAGAUUGAGGAAUUGAAAGCAGACCCAGAGAUUGAGGAAUUGAAAGCAGACCCAGAGAUUGAGGAAUUGAAAGCAGACCCGGAGAUUGAGGAAUUGAAAGCAGACCCAGAGAUUGAGGAAUUGAAAGCAGACCCGGAGAUUGAGGAAUUGAAAGCAGACCCGGAGAUUGAGGAAUUGAAAGCAGACCCGGUGAUUGAGGAAUUGAAAGCAGACCCGGAGAUUGAGGAAUUGAAAGCAGACCCGGAGAUUGAGGAAUUGAAAGCAGACCCGGAGAUUGAGGAAUUGAAAGCAGACCCGGAGAUUGAGGAAUUGGAAGCAGACCCAGAGAUUGAGGAAUUGAAAGCAGACCCGGUGAUUGAGGAAUUGAAAGCAGACCCGGAGAUUGAGGAAUUGAAAGCAGACCCGGAGAUUGAGGAAUUUAAAGCAGACCCAGAGACUGAAGAGUUUAAAGCAGACCCGGAGAUUGAGGAAUAUAAAGCAGACCCAGAGACUGAAGAGUUUAAAGCAGACCCGGAGAUUGAGGAAUUGAAAGCAGACCCAGAGAUUGCAGAGUUUAAAGCAGACCCGGAGAUUGAGGAAUUGAGAGCAGACCCGGAGAACGAGGAAUUGAGAACAGACCCGGAGAAUGAGGAAUUGAGAGCAGACCCAGAGAUUGAAGAGUUUAAAAGCAGACCCGGAGAAUGAGGAGCACAAACGCCACCUCGGCGACGAAACCUACCCUACACAUUUAGAUGAGGAACGACAGGAAACCAACGAAGAUCAUGAGGAGCUUGAGGAUGAGGAAAACGGCCAGGUGGACGGGACAGAGUUUACGUCCAUUCGAGG